GGAAAAAAUAUGACCCAAAUAAAUGUGUCUGAGAAAAAGUUUACAUGGUUCUCAUCAGUUAGGUAUGAGCAUCUGGUGGCUGGUCUAGGAGGAGGGGUGAUGUCGACGCUAGUUCUUCAUCCUCUUGACGUUCUUAAGAUCAGAUUUGCUGUGAGUGAUGGUAAAACAGGAAUCCGACCGUCAUAUGGUGGAAUCAAACACGCAGUAUCAUCAAUAGUUAAAUCCGAGGGAGUACGCGGAAUGUAUGCUGGAAUGUCACCAAAUUUAGUUGGCGCUGGGGCUGCCUGGGGAUUUUAUUUCUUCUUCUAUAACUGGGGUAAAUCUGUAAUGCAAGCUGGAGAUCUGAAUAAACAACUCUCUGCUGCUACUCAUCUUGCAACUGCAUCAAUGUCUGGAAUACUGACACUAACUAUGACUAAUCCGAUCUGGGUAGUUAAAACAAGAUUAAUUCUUCAAUCUUCAACAGAUGCUUCCUUAAACACUCAAUAUUCAGAUAUUUUUAGGUUUGUUCCCGGGCUUUUUGGAGUAUCCCAUGGUGCUAUCCAGUUCAUGAGCUAUGAGCAAUUAAAAAACUCGUAUCUCAACUAUCAUCAAAUGCCUAUUUCAUCCAAGUUGGGAAAUACUGAAUAUCUGUUUUUUGCUGCAAUAUCUAAAUUGAUCGCUGCUUUUACAACAUAUCCUUAUCAGGUUGUUAGAGCUCGUCUUCAAGAUCGACAACUAAAAUACUCAGGUUCAAUAGAUUGUAUAAGAAGAACUUACUCUGGAGAAGGUUUAACCGGAUUUUACAAGGGACUGAUACCAAAUUUACUCCGAGUUGUUCCUGCGACUAUGAUCACGUUUGUUGUUUAUGAAAACGUCUCUCACCAUCUUCUUAACAGAAGUAAUCCUCCACAAGUUUCCGGAGUACUCGACAUGAAGAAGGAAUCUUGAAACUAGAUCUAGUCAAAUUUAAUUAAAUAAAUGUUAUUGUAUUAACUUUCAUGAAUGAACUGAGGCAGAAUUUAAAGAAUUUGAGCAGUGGCUUAAAUAUGGUUAAUUCAACUUAAAAUUGUAUUCAAUUUUUCAAGAUUUAAGCCGGCGCUCAAUUAAAACCGGGUUUUGGUAGAUUCAAGCCGCGGCUCUAAUUCAUUAAAUUCGGAAACUGGUAUCUUUUCGGAACUAAGAGAUUUGAGUGAUCUUUUUUAAACAGGCGCGUACCCGGUUUGCAACGAUACCUUUAUAAACCUUAAGUAUGAAAUGUGCAAGUCAAUUUUAUAGCAAUGACACAAACGAAAAUAAUCAGUUUAAAGAAACAAAAAGAUGGAUAUCCAAUUCAUACUUAAUCAGACUUAGCUUAUUAGGAUACUGUUGGGAAUCGGACAUACCGCUCUAUCAACGAAGGGUCACGUACGGUUCCUUUCAAGUGGAAAAUAAAAAGAUUAUUAAAAGUGGAUUCUAGCUUUGUCGAGAAAGGAUAGAUUUACUGGCCACAAACUCUGAUUUUAUGUUACCUAAAUCUUUUCAACAGCUGAUGGCGUAAAUCUUUGAAAUUUGUAACUUUGAUUAUUAUAUCUGUCACAAUGAAUUGCUUGCAAUAAAAGGUCUACACAAUAGGUUGCAAAAAUAAAAGGACUGGAAAUUAGAUUCGUGGUGAGAAAUCAGUUUUUCAUAAACUGUUAAAUAUUUAAAAAGACAUUUAUAAUUAUCUUUUUUGUUAAUUUUAAAUGGUUUUGCAAAAAAAAUUAUGUUUUAGAUGAAAAGUAUAAAAAAUUGCAAUUUAUUUUUUUUAAAGCUUUUAAAAUAAUCCUUUUUUCUGCUAUUGAAACAUUGAAACCCUUAGUUAGGAAAAGUUACAAGUUCAUUUAAGUUUAAGUUGUGGUGAUGGUUAAAAAUUCGUUGAAUUAAUUUAAAUAUCUGUCAAAAAUGUUAUUAAUAUUUAUACAAGUAAAGUUUUAAUUGUGUUAGUAAGGGAAAUUAAACGCAAUUUCCUGCGAACCUCCAAUUAAAAUUGCUAUAUUCAACGAGUACCGUUGUGAAUUGGACAUGCACUUCAUAUUUGUAGAAUCGCUCGAAAUUACAUGUAUAGUCCCUUCAAGAUUGUACCUGGUUUUCUUGGCUCUUAAAAACUUUUUGGAUUAAGAGUUCAUUUUUUUAGGCUACACAUCUCAAUUGUAUUAAUGAUGUAUAAUCAUGUAAAACCAUUUUUUAAUUUGUUCAUUUAAAAAAUUCUACAGAUUCAACCUGUUAAACUUUGCUCAUUUAAAUUUCAGA